CCUUUUUUCAUGAAUGAGUUACUUCUUCGGGGAACAAUCAGCCAGCCAGGUUGCUGAAUUCGUUCAGACAAAUUCUGUCUGUUUAACGUGUGUCGCCUUCUCUGGUGGCCUAGCUGGAAUCGUCCACACAUUUGACUUGGUUAAACUUCUUCGUUAGAAGGGGUUUCAGUUCUCAUAACUCUAAAGAAUCAAACAGAAAACUAGGGUUUCUUUCUCACCCAAAUAGAAAGGCUUUCCAUUAAUCUCUUGUCUUCUAGUUCUACAGUAUACUAUCGCUUUCUCAAUUUGAACUCUUUUGCAUAACACACAGAAGGGGGAGGAAAAUGGUGGUUGCAUCGGGCAAACCUUUUGCCAAGGAGAUGGCUAUACGGAGGAGAAUCUUGAACAUAUACAAUAAGAGAGAAGAAGAUUUUUCCUCAUUAAGAGAAUACAAUGAUUAUCUAGAAGAAGUUGAGGACAUGACAACUAACUUGAUCAAUGGCAUAGAUGUAGCUGCUAUCGAAGCUAAAAUUGCCCAAUACAAGAAAGACAAUGCUGAACAGAUAACUCUUUCUCAAGCUCGCAAGGCAGAGGAGUUAGCAGCAGCGUUACAAGCAAGCAAAGGAGGAGGAGCUGUCAUGCAGAGUGGUGAUGCAAAUAAUGGGGUCAUGAAUCAGAGCUCUCAAGGUUUUACUGGGCAGUAUGUGCCAGCAGUCACUGGGGCAAUAGGACAACCGCGGCCAACAGGCAUGGCCCCACAACCUGUUCCAUUAGGUCAUGAUGUGCAUGGUUAUGCAGUUGACAAUGAGGAAAUGAUAAGGCUCAGAGAAGAGAGAGGUGGAAGGGCCGGAGGGUGGAGUAUACAACUAAGCAGGAAAAGGGCACUUGUGGAAGCCUUCAGUAGCAUUUGGGUAUGAUUUUUUCUCCUUAGUUUUUGGCCUGUGUGCAGGAGUUGCAAAUCUUAAAGAUUAAGUGUUGAUUUUGUUGUUUGACACUUGACAGUGUUUGAU